AUGGGCGUCAGGUAAAAAAGUUAAUGGGAUAAAUAGCUGAAAAAGGGCGGGGCCACUCAGGACUGGUCCGCCUACAGCCCCACAGCAGUUACCAUGACAACAAGGCUAGGGUUAGGGACUGCAUAGAUACGUUUGGAAUACCCGUUACCAUGGCAACAGAUGAAAACAAACAUGAAGAGCCAAUCAGAGCGCAUCAAUCUUAGCUGAGACCAUGUGGACCAAUCAGAGAGGAGAUCAUCAAGAAGGGGAGGAGUCAGACAGAACUACAAACAACCAACGGGUCAGGUCCAGGACCCACAGCUGGAACCAAAACCACAAGGACACAGGAAGAGGUCUUAAUGCCUGAGGGACCGAGACCUGGAGCUCCAGAGAUCCAGAGACCUCCAGCAGGUCUACAGACGGUCCAGACUUUGGAGGAAGACGGUCUGGACUUUGGUCUUCUGGUGUUGGUCCUGGUAAAAACUUCAAGAUCAAGACUAAAGAGGGACAUGAAGAGGUCUGAGAGGGUCCACCUGGGACCACAGGAGGACGUCUCCAGACUUAAGUGCAGACCGGGUCUGUAG